CAAAAAAAAUCCAGACAAUGGUAAUAAAUGAAACGCGCUUAAUUUGUAUUCACAUUCGCUCAUUAUGUUCAUAAUAUUCUUAUUUGAGCUAUUAUUAUCAUUAGUAUUUUUUUUUUCUUUCAUGAAAGGGUUUGAUUAUCGCGAAAGGAAAGGAUAUUUAUAUAGCAAUAGACAACAAACAUUAGGUCAUAUUACGAAUGCUUUAUGCCAAAGAACCUUACGAAACGAGCCAUACCGUCUAUGCCACUCGAGCACAAGCAGAAGACGAAAGAAAGAGAGGCAGCUAUAUCGUAGGAAUGCUGGAUUUUAAGCCUUCCAAGCUCUAUGCGUUCAUUUACUCCUACGCCCUCCAAAAAAUUACGCAAACAUUUAUUAAAAAAAAAAAAGGGAUAGUAAUAUUAGUUGGUGAAUACAGGACGUCAAGAGUUUGCAGCCAUUGCAAAAACGAUUUAGAGGAUAUUGCUGUGUCUGAAAGAGGAUUUGACUGCAAUCAUAUGUAAAUAUUAUUUAUAUACAUAGCUGUACAAGAUAUUGACCUCUAUUUAAG